AUAUAUUGAAAAUGUGCUGUAUAAUAACACGUGCACUUCAAAAAAAAAAUGCACAUAUUUUUGUUAUAUGAACAUUGGCUAUGUUGAUAUAGCUUUUAGCAAAUGUUUUACUAUUUUGUGCAUGGUUUGCACCACAGGUGCUCGGGUCUGGAAUAUAUGUGAUAUAUAAUCGCACCCACUAUAUAUCGCAUCCCCUUUAACUAAUAAAUCAUAAUUUAUUAGUUUAAGGCGAUUAUAUAUCACAUAUAUUCCAGAACCCGAGCACCUGUGGUUUGCACCGCUGAGUGGCGCAUGAUUACGUAGUCACGUGGUUUGAAUGCCGAUCAGUACAUCAUCAUAUCAACGGUGUUCUGUAUUUUCUACCUAUGUACACUUUUUUUUAUUGUCAUUAAUCAUAUUGUUUGAUAAUGAAAAUUAACUGAAUAAUGAUGUGCAUAGCGCACUUGUUUAAAACGAUAAACUUAACAGUUAAAUCCUGGGUGUUACCAGUUUUGACGGAUUGCAGUUGUAAUCAGAAACCAAACCCACUGUGGAAACAUGCCAUGAACGGACCAAGAAAAGCAGCCAAAGCAAUCAUCAAAGCCAGAAUACUGACGGGCACAUACACACUACAAACAAAUAGGAUUUAAGUGGUGACAUUUGGACGUGGCAAAAGUAAUGGAUGAAUUAACAGCACAGCUAGCUGCAGACUUCUCUGUAAGCAGCGAUCCAAAUAGCAUUGCAGCACAACACCCAAGAUUUACCCAGUACAAGUCUCGUGGUGAUGGCCCGGACCAGAAUACACGCAGAUCAAGAAUUCUCAAGGCACAGAAGAGACAAAGGUUUGAUUAUCUUUGCCACAUGCGAUGUCUAUCAGAAGAUACCUGGGAAAAGGCUGAUGCUGAGUCUGUGGCCUCUAAUGACAGCAUGGAAGUACAGAUGGAGGGUGAGGAGGUGAAACUCAGAAAGCCUGGCAGAAAUUUCAAAAAUCAGUUAAUGAUGUCAGAAUGGUUAGUCGAGGUACCAGGUGAUUUUGCAGAAGAAUGGAGUACAGUUAUCUGCCCUUGGGGAAAGAGGUGCCUGGUUAUUGCUUCAAGGGGGAGAACCUCGGCCUACUCCAGGGGAGGAUACAGAAUUAACACAUUCCCAUCUUUGCUACCUGGAGGCUGCAAAAGCCAACCUGGUCGCUUCAAAGACAAUGUCAUUCUGGAUUGUCUUUAUAAUGAAACUGAAGGCACCUACUAUGUUCUCGACAUUAUGUGUUGGAAAAACCAUCCUGUAUAUGAUAGUGAGACAGAAUUUCGAUUUUACUGGCUGCACAGUAAAUUCUCAGAAGAACCAGAACUUAGUCAGAAAUCUGAUGGAAAUCCUUAUAAAUUUGUUGCGUUACCAAACUUUGCCUGUACACCUGAGUCCAUCAGCAGCGCUGUAAAUACAGCAAACUUUGAGAUUGAUGGAAUACUGUUUUACCACAAGAGGACACACUACACAUUUGGAUCAACACCUCUGGUGGUCUGGUUAAAACCUUACAUGUUGCCAGAAAUUCUCAAGAUUCAAGUGACAGACAAAAUAAUGGAGGCAAAACCUGACUCCUACACUGACUACGCUGCCCACAUGACAGUGGUGGCAGAAGAGAAGGAGAAAGCAAAGGAACUGAGAAAACAGAAAGGAAGUGAGAAACAACCGGGGGUGAAAAUACUGCAGAGAGAACAGGGUAAAGGGGAUGCUGGUGAGCAGGGAGUCAAAAGCAAUAAGCAAACAUCUGGUGGUGGAGGAGGAGGAGGCAGACGUGGCAAGGGCAGGAGGAAAAGAGGCGGAGCCGAGGCCCACAUGGAUGUGAUGUUUUCUGAGUGGAUGACAGACGUACCAGAGGAUCUAGCUAAAAACUGGUUCAUGAUGAUCUGUCCUAAAGGCAAGCGGAACCUGGUGAUAUCAGCACAGGGAAGAACAUUCACCCAGUCUAAACAGGGCAUGCUACUGGAGGACUUCCCGUCUUGUCUGCCUGGUGGAAACGUUGGAGACCAGAAAGGAAUGUCGGUGCUGGACUGUAUCUAUGACAAGAAGGAUGAUGUGUACUAUGUAUUGGAUAUGAUGUUUUGGAAGAAUCAAGACAUGACCGACUGUGAUAGUGAGUUCCGUAUUUUUUGGAUGAAUGAGCGACUAGGAGAGCAGAAGAGUAUAACCAGACGGUCCAACGUCAACCCUCACAAGUUUGUUCCACUGAAGCCUGUUGCCUGUACAAAGAAAAUGCUCAGCCUGGCCAUGAACUCCACCAACUUUGAUGUGGAUGGUGUUCUCUUCUACCACAAGACCCUUCCUUAUAGGCCAGGCAUCUCCUCUCAAAUUCUUUGGUUGAAGCCAUACAUGAUGUCGGAGGCUCUUGAGGUGGAGGUUCCUUCACAUAUGAGUGUAGCACCAUCCAUUUACACAUCAUUCGCAGACCACGUUGCUUUGGUGAAAGAGGAGCUAGGGGAAAAGAAAUCAACUAGGACAGGUGGACGCCAUAAGGACAAACCAUGCAUUGACAUUGAUAAGAUCGUGGAAGACAUUGGGGAUCUGUACAUCAGUAAGAGAGAGAUGGAGGCCAACACUAUUGGGCCAGUACCCAUGCGCAACCGCACACAGACUAGUGUGUGGAGACCUGAGCAUUCCAGCAGGAGACAAGGUGAUGGACUCCUUGGUGACCCCAGACAAAUGUAUGGGGCCGAUUAUUACGGUCAAGGAAGCUUUUACCAAGGACAUUACAACCAGUGGUGUAACAAUCAGGGUUAUAAUAACCAGGCUGGCUAUUGUGACCAGGGCUAUACGGGAUACCAAGCCUGGAAUAGCCAGAACUACAGCCGUGCUAACAAUCUGCCUGCUGUGGGGGUCCAGGGUGCCUGGGGCUACGAGGAUCACAAGAAAGCACGACAACCAAAGGGAAGGGGAGGCUUGCUCAAGCUUAGUGCCAUGGAUUCCUACAAGAAAACACACAAGAUAUUCAAGGAGUAAAAACAGCUGGUUUAAAAUUGUAUAUUUGUGUGCUUAAGUGUGAAAAUGCUGGUGCAACCACUGGAUAUGGCAAAUGUGUGAGAAUGUUCUUGUGUUUGUUAAGUGUUAUACUGGUGCUUAUAAAUUUAAGCUGUGCUGAGUUGAGGAGACCAUUCCUUUUUGGAUUUACUGUGAAAGGAAAUACAUUUACAACAUAAACAAAUGUAUUCUUUUUUCUCAAGUUUAGAAAUCUUCAGUAAUAAUUGUGUUAAUCAGGUCAAAUCAUGAAUAUGUUACAGAAACGUGCCUGAAUAAAUUUUGUUAAUAAUUGAUGUGUUCUGCAGUGUUUGGUAUAUUCAUUCAAUGUAUAUUUCAUGUGAAAUGAAAUCCUAGCUGAUUGAUAGAUGUAAUAGUUGGCCGAUUCACAAGCUCCUGUUUUUAUCAGAUCACAAUCAAUAUCUUGCCAAUAAAUUAAAUCGGGAGUACACAACUAGUCAUAAAGUGCUAUUGUAAAACAUAUACAUGUGUUGGUAUAAUCGAGGUUAAGGUAUGUACAGUGUUAUUGUGUGCCAGAAAGCUUUGUUGAUGAGUAAAUUUCAGUUUACUCCCUUUAUUGAGAGUAUACACAUUUUAGCAGUGCUACAAUUGGCUGAUGCAAUUAUGUUUUUACUAAACAUAUUAAUCUGGUCAAGUUAUGAAAAUAUUUCCAAGCCAAUUGUUCCUGGUAUUUGGUAUCACAAUCAGUCUCUGUCUUGCUAUUAAUAUUUAUUACAUACUUACAAAUAAAUACAGGUUUUUUGUAUAUGUGAUACGACACAAUUGCUCUAACCCAU